AUGUCCUUAGAAGACAUAGUCAAAAGCCUUGCCACCAGUACCCAAAGUUUUCAGCAAGAGACCAAGGCAAGCAUCAAGAAUCUUGAGCAACAAAUGGCACAACUUGCUCAAUCGGUGAGCAAAAUGGAGAAUCAAGGAAAGCUACCUCCUCAAACUGAAAAGAACCCAAAGCACAAUGCUUGUGCAAUUAGCUUGAGGAGUGGAAAGAAAUAUGACGGCCCGAAGAUGCCCGAAGAAGAAGAAGAGGAGUUGGUGAUAGAAGAACCACCAAAGAAGGAUCAAAAGAAAGAAGAAAUGAUGGAGAAAAAGAAGCCGGAAGAGAAAGAAGAAAAGAUCACACCACCACCUUUUCCAUCAAGAUUGAGCAGCAACAAAAAAGAGAGAGAAGAUAGUGAAAUCAUGGCAAUGUUCCGGAAAGUUGAAGUCAACAUCCCUCUAUUAGAUGCGAUCAAACAGAAAAGGAUGCCCCCAAAGUGCAAGGAUCCAGGUGUUUUCACCGUUCCUUGCAAAUUGGGAAACUUAUAUGUCCCCCAUGCUAUGCUAGAUUUAGGAGCUUCAAUUAAUGUUUUACCAUAUUCUGUUUAUAAAUCUAUUGGCAUAGGCACUUUAACAAAAACAGGGGUGAUCAUCCAACUUGCAGAUCGUUCUAUAGUACACCCAAAAGGUGUAUUAGAGGAUGUUUUGGUGCAAGUUAAUGAGAUUGUCUUUCCUGCAGAUUUUUAUGUGCUUGAUAUAGGAGAUGAUGACCAUCCAUCCUCGAGUUCCAUACUUUUAGGUAGACCAUUCUUGAAAACAGCAAGAACAAAAAUUGAUGUCUACAAUGGUACAUUGUCCAUGGAAUUCGAUGGGGAGGUCAUCAACUUCAAUAUCUAUGAAGAAUUUGAUAGCAAUUCAGUCAAAGAGAUUGCAGAAAAUUUCAAGUUAGAUGAAGAGUUGUUGGAAAUUGUGGAGAGCAUGGAAGAAAAGAAGAAAAUAAGGUAUGAUAAUAGCAAUGUGAAAUUGCCCAUUUCUGACACAAAACUUCUUCCUUCCGUUGUACGGGCACCUAAGCUAGAAUUGAAGACUCUUCCAGACCAUUUGAAGUAUGCGUACCUUGGGGAAGAGAAGACUUUGCCUGUCAUUAUCUCCAACAAGCUGUCCAUUGUAGAAGAAGAUGAGUUGGUGACUUUGCUGAAAAAGUAUAAGAAAGCUAUUGGGUGGACAAUUGCUGACAUAAAAGGGUUAAGCCCUUCCUUGUGCAUGCAUAAGAUCCUCAUGUAG